CCCUUACCCGGGAACGGAGAAGUUCACCGGAAUGAAGAAAAAGGCUGAACGACGGAAGCCAUCCCAUCCCCUCCCUAUAUCGGUUCUCAACCUUACCUACGUUCGCGAUGCUUGCCUUGCCCCGAUUUCGUCUCUCCUUCCUUUCCUGCCCCCUCUCUUUCUCCCACUACCCACCUUACGGGGCUUUUGUACGGAAUCCGAAUUUUUUCUCGGGGGGGUUAUUUUUCAACAUCGAAGGGCACCCCCGCGCUAACACGGGGACUACCUACCUACCUAACCUUUCAAUUCCGUUACUAAUUACAUAUGCAAUUGGGGCAGCUAGCUCCGGCAUUACUUAACUCACCUACAUACGUAUCGUCACUAUGGAUACCUACCAUGCCCUCCUUUUUUUUCCCAACUCCCCUCUCUGGCGCGGGCAAUACAUAUAUGGUUGGUGUUCCCUCUAUGCCGCUAGAUCCGGGUUUGUUCCACAGCAGACAUGUAUGUGUGUAAUGUAUGGAUGCUAGCGUCAUCACGCCCGACUUAGUAUAAUGGUAGGAGGCCGUCUGUUCAUUCCCCUCUGUAGGUAGGUAAGGUAG